UUUAUCUACAGGAGUGCACGAAGUACGGUCUGUUGAUUCCGUUGAUGUAUUGAAUUCCGAGGCGACUGUUGUUCUUCCCUCGACUCUUGAAGGAGCCGUCGUUGUUGUAGUGUCUUCGUGAACGCGAAUAACAGAAUUCAUCGAGGUCUGAAAAACUAGCUUUUAAAAUGUACUCGAUGCAAGUGCCACAACAGCAGCACGUGAUACAUCAGCAGACGCCAAUAGUACAACACACUACAGUGGUGCAGCAGCCACAGCCAGUGGUACAAUGCGUGCAGCCCGUGGUAGUGGUGCCGCAGCCACCACCACCGGCCAACAUCCAGGUGCUGCAACUACAGAAGGAAGGCGACUGUCCCAAGUGCAGGAACGGGUUCUUGCAGGAUUACAUCUCCUCCUGCAGCAUUAUACUGGUCAUCUGCCUCACAUUGAUCACGUUCAUCGGCUUCCUCUCCUUCUUCUGUCUUAUGAGGAAAAAAUGUCCCAACUGUCUGUAUGAGCGAAGGAAGUUCAUGUAGAGUGCAUGGACAGGGCGGUGGCCGGCAUCUGUCCUCCCAGCGCUGUGUCGGAAUAAGUGCCAUGGUAUACCAGGUUUAGAAAUGCUGCGAUCGUGGGCGCUCAUGCUGCCGGUUUAACCAACAAGAACGUCUUUAGAUUCUAACUUGAAAGCAUGCAGGCAUUCGCAUCUGUAAGCGUAGAGAAGACUUGUGCUGUUAUCUUCAUACACCACCUGUAGCGAGGAUCUCUGGAGGUGGUCCGCCAUCACACAGAACACGCCGCAUUUCAGAUGAAAAUCAAACAUUUACAAGGCAGUAAAUAGUGAUUCAAAACAGUGUGAUGAACGCAGUAAAUUUGGCACAAGAAACUUGAAAAGAACUUAAGGUAAUUAAAUCCCGAUUUUGUAAAUGUGAAUUUUAGUGGUCGUACUGCGAAUACAACCGAAGAGGGAAACCCCAUUAUUUGCCUCUUAUCUGGCAAUCCACAUUGCCCCCAAAAAAAUUUUUGUUGGAGCUAGCACUAGUCAUCUACCUUGUAUAGAUCGUGGGUGUCAUGAUCAUUUUAAAAUGAGGAAAUGUAUUGUUAUGUCCAGUUAAGGGUAUUUUCUUCACUGUUAUUGCAAAUUGAGUUUUUAUCUUUAUUUCAAGACAAUAAUAUUUUUUAAAAUUAAAUAAAAUAUAAUGCACACC